AUGUCAUCAUUCAAGAGACGUGUCAACCCGGCUUCUGGCUCAGCAGCAUCAAUCCCCCUGCCUGCAGGUGUCAAGCCUUCUUCGUUCUCGUCGCCCGUCCCGCUUAUCUCCACCGGAGUACCAGCCCUGGACGAUCUUCUCUCCGGCGGCGGACUGUCUUCCAGCUCUGAUCUGCUACUGCUACCAGCCACGGGUACAGCUGCGCAAUCGGCUGCGCAGAUCGGUGCUUCGAGCUCUACUCUCGCUGCAUCAGCAGAGACCAACCACGCCGCAAGGGCGGCAGCGGAGCCGUAUGUGGAGCUGCUUUUGGGAUACUCGAUAGCUCAAGGCAUUGCAGCAGAACAUACAAAUGUGGUUGUCGGCGAAGAUGUCAAUGGAUUGGUAAAUGGCUUGAUGGCCAGAGCUGGAGAUUUGGACGAGCAAUUGCUCAAGACAAUAGGUGCCAAGCCGGCGGCAAGGGCAGGAGAGGUAGCAGGGGAAGGUGGCGCCGGUCCAUCAGAUCAUCUAGACACGGUAGCAGAUGAUGAUGAUAUGCAAAAUUCAGAGACCAGCAGUGUCUCAGGCGCAGCUUCCGCGGAAGGCGAAGACGAAGGCGAAGGCAGGUCGAAUCGAGCGGAGAGAGAGAGAGGGAUGAAGAUCGCCUGGCGAUACCAUAGCAUGAAACAAUUCAAUACCACAGUCAACGAGCCGAGUAGUAGCAGUAGCCCGAGCUCGCAACCUACGCCGUUCUGCCAUACUUUUGAUCUUAGCAGACGUAUCGAUGGUCGCAUCGUCCAACAUGCAGUCGAGCAGAACAAGCUCGAGAUGGUCGAUAUCUCUACAGCAUCAAAAGCAUCAACCUCGAGAGAUAUCAACUCUUACGAAGUUGCAUACAGACACAUUGAAGCAGUUGCAGAUCGAUGUCGACGUCAAGCUGAAUCAGCAUCGUCUACGGUCGCGCCUCCGGUCCUUCGCAUCGCGAUUCGCGCUCUCGGUUCAUCUGCGUGGAACGUCGCCCGUGGGCAAUCGCAUCAAGCCGAGAUCAUCCGCUUCCUGCACAGACUCAAACGACUUCUUCGUUCUUUAUCCCUACUUGAUACUGCGCCAGCACGUGCCUCGCGGAGAGUAGCGAUUCCGUCAAUGGCAGUCAUCAGCAUAUCGUCGUUCCUGCUCUGCAACGCAUCUUCACAAAAUCUGCCGCAUCGAAUGGUACACAGCGUUGACUCUGCCGUCUCGAUGAGCGCCUUCGCUUGCUCCCCCGCGCUUCGUUCUGCAUUCCCCGCCUACACGGGCGCGUUCAAAGUGCUCAAGACGCCUGCUGUGGGGACGCUCACCAACCCUUCGAUUAGAUCUUCCGUACUGCGCGGGAUGGGCACAGGCGCCGGUGCAGGUGCAGGUGGCAAGAAUGCAGCAGGCAGUGGUGAAGGAGGUGCCGGAGGUGGCGAGAACAAUUUGGCGUUCAAAGUGCGCCGGAAAAGGUUGGUAAUCGAGACAUUGCAUUUGGACGUAGAAGGCGGGGUAAGUGAGCGUCGCACCAAGCCGCCGAAGAACAGUGAGCGUGUCACGGGCGCACCUGGCAAAACGCCAAGUGGAAGCGGCGGUGCUGUCACAGCAGCAGCAGCAGCAGCAGCAGAGGAUGCUCCCAUACAAAGUGCGCGUACAAGCAGUGCUGGAGGAUCGUCAUUUGUUCGCAGACAGCCCACAAGUGGCUCUGCUAUGACAACACCAGCGAGCACGUCGUCGAUUUUGCCGGGUCCCACACCGAAACCGAACAAGUUCGCAGGCUUGUCGUCGCUACGACAGCGCGGCUUGGCUGCCGCUGCUGCAGCUGCGAACGCCGCUCAGACUACACAGCCUGCUCCACAGCACGAAUAUUCGGUCGAAAUCGACUCGCAGACCGAUCAACACGUUCAUGUUGACGCCCACAGCCACACCCACUCCCAUAGUCACAAGCCAAGAGAAAUGCCCUCUGCCAUCAAAAGAGCUGCCCAUGUUCGAGCGGAAGACCUCGAAUUCUAG